UGAGAAUGUCCUAAUAGUGAUAUUGAACUGAAAGUGUAUAGAGAUCGGCAACUUUGGAGAGUGUAGGCCUAUAUUCUUGGGAGCGAACAACUCGACCUGUAGCGCAUAGAAUAAACAUGGGUAACGUACUGUAUUACUAGACUCGCUGAGGAAGGCCACCUGAUUUCCAAAGCUGGGAAAAUGUCAACCCCCCUUAACUUUUUGUCAAUAUUUAGAGAGCGUCGUUGUAUAUUAACUGGGCUGACAUAGUCUGUGCUACAUCUGUUGGUGUCGGCCACCGUACUUUGUCAACCCACCCGCUUCUGUAGCCAAAAUACAGAGGUUCCAUUUGACACGAUGUUCGGUGUCAAAACUCUCCGAACAGUCGGUCCAGCAGUGUGUAGACGUGGUGCCUCUGUGCUGUGGAAGCCAACUAGGACCCAGAGCCGAACCCAAAGCGCUGCGGCUGGACAGAGAGUGGACAUCGGGGGGAUCUACCCGCCCAUAGCCACGCCGUUCACUCAGAAAGAGGACGUGGACUAUCAGAAACUGGAUGAAAACCUGCAGAAAUAUGCAAAGAUUCCUUUCAAAGGUCUGGUGGUGCAGGGCUCUAAUGGAGAGUAUCCCUACCUGACGGAUGAGGAGAGGGUAGAGGUGGUGAGGAGGGUCAGACUGGCACUGCCCACAGACAAACUGGUCAUGGCAGGAUCCGGAUGUGAAUCCACCAAAGCUACGGUAGUGAUGACAGAGAGGAUGGCGGGGCCGGGGGCAGACCUGGUUCUCGUGGUAACGCCAUGCUUCUACAAGGGCAUGAUGGACAGCAGGGCGCUGGUUCACCACUUCACACAGGUGGCAGACAGUAGUCCAGUACCAGUAGUUCUGUACAAUGUCCCGGCUAACACAGGUCUGGACCUUCCUGUUGAUGCUGUGGUGAGACUGGCCCAACACCCUAACAUACUGGGACUCAAGGACAGCGGAGGAGACAUCACCAGGAUCGCUCUGAUCGUUCACAAAACGAAGCCGCAGGAUUUUCAGGUUCUGGCGGGUUCCGCUGGGUUCCUCAUGGCGGCGUAUUCCGUGGGUUGUGUGGGCGGUGUGUGUGCGCUUGCCAACGUUCUGGGUCGUGAGGUGUGUGAGCUGGAGCAGCUGUGUGUGUCGGGACGGUGGGAAGAAGCCAGUGCUCUGCAGCAGCGCCUCAUAGAGCCCAACACUGCUGUGACCAGGAAGUUUGGCGUUCCCGCUCUCAAGCAGGCGAUGGAGUGGUUUGGUUACCACGGCGGCACCUGUCGCUCUCCUCUUCAACCUCUCUCAGAGGCCGAAUUACAGCAGCUCAGACUGGACUUCUCCACCAAUGGCUGGCUCUGAAGGGGACAGGGGGCGGGACUGAGUAGAAGACAAGGGACUGGGCCUGCUCCAGGUUGAAGUUGGCAUCAUAGAAUAGAAUGUGGAUUUCCUUUCUACUCAUUCUUAUUAUAUGGUUGGCUCUAACCACAGAUCUAGGAUCAGGUGACUCUACACCCAGUCAUAACCUUAAACAUUAGGGAGUUGAGAAAAGAUGUGACCCUGUAUCAGUUGUUAGGGGCAACUGUUUCAUACAUGCAUAGCUUCCUUCCCUUCCUGGCCUUAAAUCUAAGAGGACUUGAUAGUUGAAAGCAAUAACCAAUCCAGUCCUUUCACCGAUCAGUGGUCAUGCUGCCUUGCUAUAUUCUUGGGACAGACCUCUCCUCAACAAACCUUUCAUCUCAAUGGGAUCACCUGUACAAAUAAAAUACAGAAAUAAACAGACAACUAAAAAGAAACAGAUUGUUGUAAAGAAGGGAAAAUACUGUGGCUCAAUGUGAUGAGACUUCCUCUGUUCCUGUUUGUCUAAAGUGUCCAAGGUUGCUCUAGCUAUGUGAGGAGAUAUGUCAACACCGUAGGACUGUAGGACUACCCUAAGGCCUCCCACCUGUAAUGGCCAUAGGGGUUUUGAUUGUGUCCCACAUCACACCCUAUUCACUACAUAGUGCACUGCUGUUGACCAGAGCCCUAUGGGUCCUGGUUAAAAGUUGUGCACUGUAUAGGGAAUGGGUUGCCAUUUUGGGACGCACACUUUGACCUGAAUUAAAUACAGCAGGAAAUAAAAAGAAAUGUAAGGAAUAAGAGUUUGUUUAUAUGCUCAAAGGAUGUUUUUCAAUCUGUUUCUUCCAGAUAGAGAGAGAAAUAAAGAGAAAGACAACCUACCCAGCAA